AUGGCGCUCACAGGAGUAGGCCCGGCUUUGGAGCCGUUCGAUCUCGAGGGUCCUGCCCAUGAUGUUUCGGCAAGAUGGCGCAGGUGGAAGAGAUCAUUCCAGUACUAUGUGGAUGGGCAGAACAUCACAACCGCGAAGAGGCAGAGGAGUCUGUUGCUGUACUUGGCUGAUAUGCCAGUACAGGAGAAAUUCGAAACGCUAACAGAAGAUGAGGACACCGACAAUUUAUUCGAGAAGCUUUUCGCGUAUGGAGCACACCAGCUGAAUGUCGUCGGCAAGUUUACUGCAAUUUUCCAAUGCGGCUCAGAGCGCACUGAGGACGAAGUGAUCGUCGUCAGAGGAGAUGGAGAGUUCUUGCUGGGACGUAGUACUGCACUCAAGUUGAAGGCCUUGGUGCUACCUGACGUGAAUCAAGUUGGCAGCGCCACAGCUAGCCCCAGUACCCACGAUGAAAUCAAGAAUGAGUAUCCUGGUGUGUUCAGUGGUGUGGGCAAGUUAAUUGGCUACCAAGCACGCCUUCAUGUAGACUCUGAAGUUCCACCUGUGGCCCAACGCCAGCGUAGGAUACCGUAUGCGUAUGAAACCAAGGUGGAUGAAAAACUUCAGGAGUUACAGCAAUCAGGAAUUAUUGAAGAAGCUGUGGGCCCGACGCCGUGGGUAAGCCCAAUUGUGAUAGCACCAAAGAAGCAUGGCGACAUCCGUUUGUGCGUGGAUUUACGCCGGGUCAAUGAAGCCAUCGUCCAAGAACGACAUCCGAUGCCAACAACAGAGGAGUUGCUGCAUGAAGUCAAUGGCAGCACGGUGUUUUCGAAGAUUGACCUGAAGUGGGGAUUUCACCAAGUAGAGUUGGAAGAAGAGUCCCGCUACCUGACAACUUUUGCUGCAAAUGGGAAGUUGUACCGGUUUCGUCGACUGCCAUUUGGUAUAAGUUCAGCACCAGAGCUGUACCAGAAGAUCAUCAGCGAUGUGAUCAAGGAUUUGGCCGGUUGCAGAAACGGAGCUGAUGAUAUCUUGCUACAUGCGGACUCACUGAACCAGCAUGAUGUGAGGGUUCAUGCAGUGAUGAAUCACUUGCAGCAGGUCAACCUCACAGUCAACCCAGCAAAGUGUGAGUUCGCUAAGAGCUCCAUUGAGUUCUUCGGCUUGCAGAUAUCUGACAAGGGCAUACAGUCAACUCCGGAAAGGAUACAAUCCUUGGCGGAAGCAUCCAGGCCGAGCAAUGCGUCGGAAGUAAGAAGCUUCCUCGGUACAGCCGGUUUCAGUGCAAAAUUCAUCCCUGAUUUUGCUACAGUUGCUGAGCCACUGCGUCGCCUCACGGUCAAGGGAGCUCAGUUCAAGUGGACUACAGAGCAACAGCAAGCGUUCGACCACCUGAAGCGACUACUGGUGUCCAGCUCAACACUGGCAUACUAUGAUCCUGAAGCGCCGAUCGAGGAGUUUACACUCUGCACCGACCAUAAGCCGCUGGAAGUGAUUUAUUCGGCAAGAUCCAAGCCCAGUGCCAGGAUCGAGAGAUGGGUUCUGCGCCUACAGCCGUACAGCUAUCGAGUCAAGCACAUUCCUGGAAAGACGAACAUCGCUGACGCUUUAUCUCGCCUGCCCGUUGCAGCGGCGGAUCCAGGAAUCAGCAGUGAUGAAGAGUCGGUUAGACUUAUCACUCAGACAGCAGCACCCAUCGCUAUCGGUAUCAGAACGAUUGAACGUAGCUCAGCUGAAGAUGAAGAGCUAUCUGCUGUUCGCAAGUGCCUUCACGACGGAUCUUGGGAUGGUCUGCCAGCAGCAUACCGUCAGGUCCGAGGAGAAUUGACUGUUGUUGGCAAGGUGGUGCUCAGAGGUCAACGCAUUGUUAUCCCUACAGAGUUGCGACACCAGACCGUGCAGUUGGCACAUGAGGGCCACCAGGGCAUCGUGAAGACGAAAGAGCGUCUACGGUCCAAGGUUUGGUGGCCAGGCAUGGACAGCGAGGCCGAGAAGCUCUGCAAGUCGUGUCAUGCCUGCCAAGUGGUUGCAGCGCCAGCCAAUGCACCGCCAGUCAAGUCCACUCCUCUUCCAGAUGCGCCAUGGCAGCAUUUGGCUGUUGACUUGCUGGGUCCACUACCGUCUGGCGAGCACAUUGUGGUGCUUGUGGAGUAA